AUGUCGCCACUCUUCUCACAUUCACUCACAGCAGAAGCACCUCCGUCCCCCGCUGCCUGCACAUCAUACCAUAUCAUAAACCGCUACCAUUACUGCCAGCGAGCUAACAACAUACCCUUCAAAAACAGGAUCUUAUAAACGGCCGAGGUGUUGAUGGAGGGGCUACUGAGAGGUGUUUGGGAAGGACACUAUGUUUCCCUGUGUCUCCUCCUGGCCCUCUUCUGAUCCCCCUGCAGCUCUCGGCCAUGCUCCGCCCAUUCCCUCGGUACAGCCGCCCAAUCAGCCACUGCCUGACCUGCUGCGGAGCUGCGUUGUGCUCCCUUCCCCAUCCACGCGCCUGAGCCCUUGCACCAUCGAGAUGGAGUCCAUGAUUGUGGUGACGGAGUAUGAGCCCAGUGGUGGCUCAGGGCAGGAGGGCGGAGAGGAGGAGGAGGUGGAGGACAUGGACAGCUCGGAAACGCCAGAGCCGGCGUCAUCAGGUCCGGUACCGCCCUUCCGGAUGGCCUCCUGUGAUCUUUUAUCCCACACGAUGGCCCGCCCGGAAGCGCUCUUCCCAGAACCGCAGGAGCACAGAGGUAGGCUCAGCCUCUCCGACAGGAAGCUGUCACUACAGGAACGCUCACAAACACUUUCGUCGCCCUGUGGUUCACCAGGGCUGAACGGACGAUAUAUUUACCCAUCACUGCCCUACUCGCCAAUCACCUCCCCUCACUCGUCUCCACGCCUCCCUCGAAGACCAACUGUGGAGUCUCAUCGUGUGUCCAUCACAGACUUGCAGGACUGCGUGCAACUCAACCAGUACAAGCUGAAAGAUGAGAUUGGAAAGGGCUCCUAUGGAGUUGUCAAGCUGGCGUAUAAUGAAGACGACAACACAUACUAUGCCAUGAAAGUGCUGUCCAAGAAACGACUGAUGAGGCAGGCUGGGUUCCCGCGCAGACCUCCUCCUCGUGGGGCAAAAUCUGUCCCUGAAGGCCCCCCUCAGCCCAAAGGGCCGCUGGAGCGUGUUUACCAGGAGAUAGCCAUCCUCAAGAAGCUUGAUCACCCUAAUGUGGUUAAGCUUGUGGAGGUGCUGGAUGAUCCAAGUGAGGACCAUCUGUACAUGGUAUUUGAGCUCGUCAAACGAGGAGCAGUGAUGGAGGUUCCUACUGAUAAGCCCCUGGAUGAGGACCAGGCACGCUUCUACUUCCAGGACUUGUUGAGAGGAAUCGAAUAUUUACAUUAUCAGAAAAUCAUCCAUCGGGACAUCAAGCCUUCCAACCUGCUGGUGGGAGAAGAUGGCCACGUUAAGAUUGCCGACUUUGGGGUCAGUAACCAGUUUGAGGGAGCGGACGCCCUGCUGACCAGCACAGUGGGAACGCCAGCAUUUCUUGCCCCAGAGACCCUUUCAGAGACACGCAAGAACUUCUCUGGAAAGGCUCUGGAUGUGUGGGCAAUGGGAGUCACCUUGUAUUGUUUCAUCUUUGGAGUGUGUCCUUUUAUGGAUGAGCGUAUUUUGAGCCUCCAUCAGAAGAUCAAGACCCAACCAGUGGAGCUUCCUGAGAACGCGGACAUAUCAGAUGACUUAAAGGACCUUCUUUUCAAAAUGUUGGACAAGAAUCCCGAAACCAGAAUAACCGUCCCACAAAUCAAGGUGCACCCAUGGGUGACGCGGCACGGCGCUGAGCCCCUCCCUCCCGAGGACGACAACUGCUGCAGCCUGAUAGAAGUGACAGAGGAGGAGGUGGAAAACUCUGUCAAGCACAUCCCCAGCCUGGCCACCGUGAUCUUGGUUAGGACUAUGUUGCGCAAGCGUUCUUUUGGAAACCCUUUUGAUUGGGGCCGCAGGGAAGACAGAAGUCCCGCCACACCAGGACACGUGCUAUCAAAAGGGAGAGCAGGGAGUUUGAAAUACUGCCGCAAUCUCGGUACCCCCAGGAAACAAGAGAGCGAGGAAGGCAUGCGGAGCAUGGAGCUGCCCUUCGUGGGCGAGGAUGAAGUUCUUUCCUGAUAAUUGUGGGCGUCUUACUCGGGGGAAAUGCAUCAGGAUGAGGCUGUUGUGGCUUCCGGAAGGCCAGGAUAUGGACCUGGGGCGUGGAUGAAGGAAGUUGUUGAUGUGGAGGGUGCCCACCCGCUCAUGCAUGCAUUUGUACAGUCCACAGCAGCAUGCAACGUAUCUGUCCGCCCAGGUCUCUGCUGUCUCUCAGGACCUGUUUUCUGUGUGCGCGUGUUUCUACUCUCCUCUCCGGCACGGAGACUCUACUUUACUCCUCUACUUCAGCUAGGGGGCGCCACUGAAAGCUAAACGGAUAAUUACCUUUAAGAAUUUUACGACUUCAGUUAUUAAUUAGCGAGUCAUUCUGCUUGAUUUCAGUUUUGCAAGUGAAUUUGAAAAUAAUAAUUAAUUUAAUCUUCUCAAAAAACAGGUUUGACAAAAUUAAGAUUAAAUAAUAUACUGUAUAUAUAUUAAUUUAAGGCAAAUAAAAUAAUAAAUGGCCUUUAAUGAUUAAACCUCCUCAAAUUUGCACACAAUAUUCUCACUAAUAAUUUUUUAGAAGAUUUCAUGAUUUCUUAGGUUUGUCCAUCACUCAUCAGUUGUUAGAGAGACAUGCUGCUUGAUUGCAGCUUUACAGAUCUCAUUAGAUUUUUUUUAGAACUGAAUUUGAAAAUAAUAAAAGAAAAAUAGAAAUUCAUUUCAACUUGAAAAUCUUCUGAAAAAUCAGGUUUGUUUGAAUGAAGUAUGAUAAAAACUUAAACAUAAUAAUAAAAACAUAAAUAAAAAAAAAAUGAAUUUAAUUAAUUUUAAAUGAGUUUUUAAGAAUUCAAAUUCUUCAAAUUUUGCAGCCAGGAAAUGUGUAUAAAUAUAGUAAGAACACACUUCAGGGUGUGAUUUAGGGAAAAUACAGAUAUGUUUGUAUGUGUGUGUUUGUUCAUAUAUCAAAUCACACAGCUUUGUGUUUGUAUUAUAAUGUCUGCGCUGUAGAUGGUGAACAGGACCAGACCUGGAAACUAUCUGGAAACUUCUUUUUUAAUACAACAAGUUCCAAAUCCAAGAGAUCAGAGUAUUAUGCAUAGCAUGUUUUUGAAUAGUAGUUCAGUUAUUUAGGGCACAACGAACAUCUAGGGAAUGCCACUAUAGGCAUUGUGACCAUUCUUCUCCUUGUAUGUAACGUGACCCUUUUAAUCAUGAAGGUAACAGUCUCUUACUGUAAUUUCGCUUCCUUUUUCCUGUGUAGAAUUACCAAAAUGCCAUGUUGUAGUGCAUUUCUGACUUCGUCAUGAUCAGAGUGAAUUAGUUAUCGCCAUUUCUAUAUUAGACACAUACUCUAACGUUCUUGAGGAAAUACAAUAACUUUGUGCAAUCUAUGCAUGACUUUUCACUUAAGGAAUCAAUGUUUGUCAGUCUGUUUUGACACAAAUGUAUGCCUUACAUUUUCAUACUCAUAAGUGUAGCAUAGAUCAUCAGUACAUGUGUAGAGUUUUUUGGUACAAUAGAAUUGUAGAUAAAGUAGAAUUUGGGAUUUUAAAUAAGCUGUUCUAGACAGUGUAGAAAUAAAGUAACUUGCUUAAGCUCAGUUUAAAGUUAGCAAAAAUAGUCCAAAGCCCUGUUGAGAUUUUCUCAAUGUGCACUACGGUCAUGUAUCUCCUGUGUUGAUUAUUUUUCUAUGAUUGUUUUAGCUGUAGUUUCAAAAUGUCUGAGUGAUGGUGCUUUUCCACCACUGAUUUAUAACAUAGUUCAUGCUUCCAUGUAUCAGGGGAGUCUUUUCUGCACAAGUAGGUUGAAUGUAUGUUGUCGGUUUACCUUGUAGCUAAAGUCAAUUUUCUUUAACUUUUUUUUCCUGCAUGUUAAACUUUGCUGUAUUUUAUAGUACUUGUUUUUUGUGAGUUCUUUUUUCUUCUCUUUUAGAGAUUUAUUUUUUGUGUAGGUACUAUUACUAUGCAUAAGAAAUCUCACAUUGUGGUGCAGUUCUGGACUUUGUAAGUCAGUCGGUUGGUUCUUUGUGUUUGUUCUAUUGGAUGUUGAUUAUUUAAAAUUGAAGCAAACUUGUAAAAUUAACUCAAAUAUGCAUGUGCACCGACAAACCGAAGCUGGUUAUACAAUGUCGCUACAUGUAAGUGGACAUUUUAAUGAUUUGCUGAACAGUUUUUGAUGACCUUUAAAGGUGCUGUAUGUCAUUUUUUGACCGUACUAAAGCAUAAAAAUACCAUAAUAUGUCUGCAGAGAUUCUAAGUUCAAACACUUGUUUCUCUGAAAAAAACUGCGACAACCGGUUAUUCUACUUUGAAAUGUGCGUUCCGUGUCGGAAUGUAUAUUUUUGUUUUGGUCUGUGUGAUCCCGCCCACUGCCGCUUUACCCAAUAAUAUUGCCAGUUGGCGGAAAACACAGCGAAUUGCAGCCAUGGACAAUGUUUAACACUGUUGCCGCGGGUUGAAGCAACCCCAAAAUAACAUGAUAUUUAGCCCCUGAAAUGCGAUUUGACCAGGGGAACCCCGCCAAAAACUGGGAUUUUACCCUCCAGAACGCGAUUUUUACCGGGGGGGGGCCCACCUGAAACGCGAUUGGGCUAGUUUUAAAUAGCAGUUGGGCGGGUUUUGUUGUGAAAAUCUGGCAACCCUGGUCACGGAAACCAGCAAACGAACUGGAGAUCGCAGAUUCUACCACAAAAAAAGCAAUAAAAUAUUGCAAACGUAUAUAUUCUAGCUGAUCAACUUGCAGUGUAAAACUGUCAAUAUUACAUACUGCACCUUUAAAUAAUAUAUUCAGGACCAGAGAAGCACCGUUCCCGUUUUUUUUGAGUAAAUAUUUAUAGAGAAAAUCUAAAUAUAUAACGUUAUAUGGAGAUUUAUAGGCUAUUUGCACAUUGGAAUGGUUAGCAGAAUUCAAAAGAUGCAUGUUUAUUAACUUUAAAUGAAGGAUGAGGUCUCUGUAACCAUGUUUUAUUCUUCUGUACGAUCAAAACUAGGAGCAAAAAUUACCAGCUGAAAUCAAAGACAGCAUUUUUCAGUUUCUUAUGUAUAACCACUUUCUCAAAUACUGACCACGCGAACGGUACUUUGAAUUGAUUGAUUGUAGAGGUGUAUAUUGAAAGGGAACGCUGUACUGUAUAUUUCUAACUUCUCAAUAUCAUUCCUCACUGUAUCUGCCCAGUAUUUCCUGAAGGGCUAGGGUAAAUGUUUGCAUCCAUAUCACAAAAGCGAUUGCGUUUUGAGCACUGUUGAGAGGGCUGUUUACAUGUUACAUAAAUGCAUGCCGUCACAACCACGCUAUUUCAUUCAGCAUGUUUUCGAAGCAUGUUUGAGCUCUUUACAGCAUCCUCUGAUCUCAUUACUGAUCAUUCUAUAUAUUGUAUCCAGUUGAUUAUUUGAAUAAAUUGAAGUUGCCUUUA